CAAGUAUCCACUUGACGAUGGCCGGCCUCUCGACGCGUGGCCAGCGCGCGCUGCAGCCCGCGCUCUCAUACUGGGCCAUGACCAUGGAGGCGAUGAAGGACCAUGCGACCGAGGCCAACCUCGACGGCUACGUGGCGGUCUCGGUCGCCGAGAACCGCAUCCUCAACGCGCCCAAGUUUAUUGGCAAGCUCCACGAUAGCCUCGCCGGCGUCGACAAGUCGGCGCUAGGCUACGACGACUUUACGGGCCGCGCCGGCUUCAAGGACGCGUACGCGAGCUUCAUCAACGCGACGCUCCUGCCGUCGCCUUUGUCAACGAAUGGCAUCGACCCAACUCACCUCUGCGUCUCAAGCGGCGCCGGGUCGCUCCUCGCCCACUUGAGCUCGCUCCUCCACGACGAUGGCGACGGCCUCCUCCUCCCGACGCCCACGUACGGUGCACUCUACAACGACUUUUCGGUUGUCGCAGGCACCAAGGUCCUCGACGUUCCCAUGAUGAGCUCGUACGAUCUCUCGCUAUCUGCCUUUGACGCCGCGUACGACCGCGCGGUCGCGGCAGGUACCUCACCCAAGUCGGUCGUCGUCCUCAACCCCGACAACCCGCUCGGGCGCAUCCGCAGCGCCGACACGAUCCGGGCGCUGGCCGACUGGUGCGCGGCAAAGCGACUGCAUCUGAUUGUCGACGAGAUCUACGCCAACUCGGUGCACACGCCCGAGAACAGCGUUGACGCGUUCGAGUCGGCGAUCGCGUCGCUCGGGACCGUCGACGCGGCCACGGGGCACGUCCGCCUUCCAUCGCACGUGCACGUCAUCUGGGGCUUCUCCAAGGACUGGGCGACGUCCGGCUUGCGCGUCGGCGUCCUCCACAGCAGCAACGACGACGUCCGCCAAGCGCUCUCGAACGUGCUAUACUUUUCGGGUGUCCCGAACGUCCUCCUCGACAGCCUCGCGACGAUGCUACGUGAUCUGCCGUGGUGCAAAGCGUACCUAGCGGAGAACAACGCGCUGCUCCGGUCCUCUUACGCGGCCAUCGCCGCCGUGCUGGAGGCGCAUAACGUGCCGUAUGUGCCCGCGGCCGCCGGCAUGUUUGUCUGGAUCGACCUCCGCGCUUUUCUCGAGGCGCCGACGUUUGCCGCCGAGCAGGCGCUGACGCAGGCGCUGUUUGUCCAUGCCAAGAUCAUCAUGACGCCGGGUGAGGCGCAGCAUGCUCCGGCGCCGGGCUACUACCGCAUCUGCUUCGCAACGACGACGCCAACGAUCGCCGCCCACGGCCUCGACCGCGCUCUUACAUACUUGCGAUCGCAGACGUCGUUGACAUCUUGAAUACACCGUAUAGCGACAUGUCGAUUGUUUCAAGUUGAUAGAAACGGGGCAAC